AUGACUCCCGGCGGCAUGGGUGGUGGUAUGCACCAGGUCAGGAACCGGAGCAGUGGCCCGGAAGAGGCCGAGGACGGUGGCGAGGGCCAUGGAAGGUGGGCCAGUGGCGAGGGAUCGAGUCCGGGCUCGGCCGGUGACACUUUGGCGGCGAAUGGCAAGGUCUCGCCGCUCAGUGACGAAUGUGCGGUGACUGGGAAGGUUGUGCCCGAUGAUCACAACCUCUCGCCCACCAUGCUCUAUCGUAGGCUCAUCCGCCUCACCGGACAGCUCAACUUGCAACUGAAGAGAACCGGCUCGGCGUGGUCGGUCGACAACGAGGUUGCCCUGUUCCUGGCCAAGUUUGAAGGCCCGCCCGACGCACCACGAGCGCCCGAGCCUGAUCAAGAGGCCUCGCCACGGCCUGAAAGCGCUGCAGAGGCUGCAAGCGAGGGCGUCGAGACUGAGGCCGAUGCCUCUGGUCUGCGGCACGCAGGGGUGGCUGAGCGCAAGGCGGUCGAGUCGCUCUUCCAGUCGUCGCUGGCGGCGAUGGGCGAGUCACGCGAGGCCGAGGCGCCGCCAGGCGAGAUGGCGCGAUACGAGGCGUGGGCGCCGUCCGGGACGGCGGCCGCGAUUGCCGGUGAAGCCACUCAGCUGGAGGAGGUGGCGGACGCCGAGGCCGAGGCCGAGGCACUGGCGCUUGCUGAGCGGCCGCGCUGGGUGCUGCCGGCCGACGGAGCGCGCGAGGUGGCGCGCGGCAUUGUGCGGUCGGGCUUUCACAAUCCACCGCUCGCGUCGUACGUCUCGUCGUACGGGCUCGGCCUCGCGGUGGCUAAGUACCUGGAAAAGCGCGUCCGCGCGCUGCGGAUGCUCAAGACCAACACCUCGCUGCUGCAGGUCCGCAACGGAGUGUGUGUGGCCAUGCGUUCGGCGCAUACCCCGUCGAACCACCCGGGUACCUUUGUGUGCUCAGUCGAGGUCUCGGUCGAUCCUGAGGCGGGCGUCGGGCCAGUCACCGUGCUCGAUGAGACGAUCAACUUGCGCGAGGCAAACGGGCUUCACCACCGCAAGUCAACGGUAGGCAUUGCCGGCCAGCAGCCGACGCUCUGUGCCGGCGAGUCGUUCUCGUACUCGAUUGUGCUGCACCUCGACGCGCCGCCUGCCGUCCUCCGCGGCUACCUGCGAGUCAUGCAGACGUCUGGGCCCGACUUUAAGCUCCCGCUGGGGCCCAUCGGCCUCGUCCCGCUGGCGGACGACCUGUACGACGAUCUCCUGCCGCCGGCACAGUGCGAGGACACCCACUCGGAGGCGCCGACCCACUGGGUCGGCCCGCACCUCUCGGACGAAGACGUCAUCCCCAUCCUCCGCGCCAAUCACUCGGCGGCCGAGUAUGCGUACGUCACGCCCAUGGCCUCCCUCCUCACGCCGGGCGCGCUCGGCUCGAUGGUCUCGGAUCCCGAGACCGAGCUGUGGAACGAGCUCUCAGCGAUGGAGGACGACGAUGACGCCCGGCAGGAGCGCCGACUCUCGCGUGCCUUUGGCUACGGCAUCGGUGACGACGAUGCCGACGACGACGCCGUUGACGAACCGCGGUCGACGCUCCCGCACGGCCUCGACCUCGCCUUUGAUGACUACACGCCCAUGGACGACGAUGACGACGACGACCACGAUCCGGCCGAGCUUCAGCGCCUCAUCUCGGUUCUCAAGGCUGCCAACAAGGUCGACAGCCACGAUGACGAUGCCCGGUCCGGCGAAUCGACUCCGCGCACCGUCAUAUACCCCUCGCCGGUCACCGAGCGUGCCCGCCGCGCCGCUGCCGCCGCCAAGGACGGCCGCAAGCGCCGUCUGGAGCUCGUCAUGCCGCCGACUUUACUUUCGUCCAUCUGCGUUUACUGUGGCUCGUCUCCGGGCAAGUCGCCGGUCUUCAUGGCCGCUGCCGCUGAGCUCGGCCGCGUCCUCGCCGGGCGCAACAUCGGUCUGGUCUAUGGCGGCGGAUCGGUGGGACUGAUGGGCGAGCUGGCCAAGACCAUCGACUCGGAGGGCGGCAAGGUGGUUGGCGUCAUUCCGCGGGCGCUGGCUCCGCGUGAGGUCUCGGGCGCCACGAUCGGCGAGUCGAUCGUGGUCGACACCAUGCACGAGCGGAAGACAACCAUGGCGGCACGUGCAGACGGGUUCAUCGCCCUGCCCGGCGGCUUUGGCACCCUCGAGGAGCUGCUGGAGAUCUCAACCUGGGUCCAGCUCGGCAUCCAGAAGAAGCCCAUCGGCGUCCUCAACAUUCCGCUCGACGACGGCUCGGGCGAGGGCUACUACGACCCACUCAAGGCCAUGAUCGAUCGGGCCAUCACCCACGGCUUUAUCUCGGAGGACUUUGCAGAGCUGGUCAUCUUCCGCUCCGACCCCGCAGAGCUCGUCGACGCACUGCAGGCCCACGCCGUGCCCGACGGCCUCGACCUCAACUGGAGCCUCGCCGAGUCGUAGAGGGCUCAGUAAAACCGCGUCUGGCCAUCGUCCAGGACUCGAUCGACAACCGCUCGGCCGACCCCGCGCCGCACACGCUGCAGCUCCUU